AUGCCCGCCGGCGUCUCGUGGGGUCAGUACACAAAGUUUCUGGGCAGUGCUCUGCUGGCCAUGAUGGCCGGCUCCCAAGCUGUGCAUCUCUACUACAAGCCAUUGGAUGAUCUGCCUGUUUACAUAGAACGCGAGCAGCAUCAUCAUCAGCAGGAGCAGCAGCAGCAGCAGCAUCAUCAGCAGGCGGCAAGCUGAUUUUUAAAUCCAUUUUUUCUUUAAAUAUUAGAUUCGCAUUGUUAUAAAUGGAUUGAACGCAAAGAGGAUCAGGAGAACCUAUCCAUCUGAACCCAUCUCUUGCUGAAAUUACAAAUAUUAAAUUUAUUUCGCAAUA